UUUUCGCUUGUAAUUGACUCUGCAACUAGUAGAAACAUUGAUUCUAAGUCACUCACUGACUCACUCUUCAAUUCGAUUCUUCUUCAUCAACCAAAUCAAAAUCCCUAGCUUCUUCAUUGGUUUCAAUGGCGAUGACAUUCGACGAGGUUUCCAUGGAACACAGCAAGAGCUUUGUCUUCGCCUUGCAGGAACUUAAGAACCUGAGGCCUCAACUCUAUUCUGCUGCAGAGUACUGUGAAAAUUCCUAUCUCCGUAGUGAAUGUGAUCACAAACAAAUGGUACUUGACAACCUGAAAGAUUAUACUGUGAGAGCCCUUGUCAAUGCUGUUGAUCAUCUUGGAACUGUGGCUUACAAGUUAACCGACCUUCUUGAGCAGCAAACGUUAGAUGUGUCAACCAUGGACUUGAAGAUCUCUAGUCUAAAUCAGAAACUUCUUACAUGCCGAACUUACACGGAUAAAGAAGGUCUUCGGCAACAGCAGUUGUUGGCUUAUAUUCCUAGACAUCAUAAGCACUACAUUUUGCCAAACGCUGUCAAUAAAAAGGUACAUUUCAAUCCACAUAUAAAGAAGAUUGAUACAAGAAAAAAUUCAUUUCAAACCAGAACUGGUCCUCUAUCUUCAGGUACCCCUGUUGCAAAAACUCUUUCAUGGCAUUUAGCAUCAGAAACUAAGUCUACCUUAAAAAAACGGACUUUGCAUGCUUCAACAAAGUCCAAGGACCCAAAAUUUUCGGCCAAGACUACUGGAGUUUUCCACCUUUUAGAUAAUGAAGAGAAUACGCAGAUGAAACCCUCUGCCGGACAAAAUCACUUACCAAAUGGAGUUCCUACUUCUAGAGCUGCCACCCAUACUGUGGGUGUCACAGGCAGGGAUGCAUUGGAGGGUAUAAAACCAUUGACAGCAUUUGGGUCCUUUGGCAAUGUAAAAAGGGGAGAGGCUGCCCAAGCUCCUAGUCGCAGCAAAAGCAUGCUAUCUAGUUUUUUCGUCAAGACAAAAGCAGCAAAGAUCAGGGCUAGUUCUAUCUCAUGAACACCUCUCAAGACAAAAUGCAGGGGAUCCACCAUGAGAGUCUCUUUUUCUUUCGGAUAAAAGCGAAUCAAGAUAACACUUUAGACCUACUCAAAUAUUUGAGAAUCUCUUUCCAUGGACCAUGCGUUUACUAAUGCCCAAAAUUAGUGUAGUUUAUAUUGGUAAUUCCAGCUUUUGAAUAAUGGCCGUGCAUUGUGUAUAGUAAGCGGUUGUGCUAGCUAGGUCACACAAGAUAAAUACUUGUGAAAUGUGAUCUAUAGGCAUACUUAAUAUGUAUAAUUGUGGAGAUAAUUCUAUGGAAAAGGUUUCAUUGACUUA